AGUAUAGCAUUUUAGCUUUCGACCAAAGGGGAUAUUAUCGGCAGUGCGUUUUGUCUGUUAUGUCGACAUUGAAUGUGGAUUUUGACUAAUGUAAAAGAAUUUAAGAAGAAGGGACUUGCAAGGAACGGAUUGUGGUGAGUGGCUUUUCAUGAUUUUUCCCGUUUCUUUUCUUCAUUCAGUAAAUGUAUCAUUUGUAUUUUCUUUAUCUUUAGACUUGGAAAAAAGGUAUGGAUAGUUCAGGUAUUGGGAACUCCAAAAGAGACAUUAUCACUCAUUUUUUUCGUUGUGGAUAUCAGUAUAAAGACAUUUUAGAAGUCUUGCGCCGGUACCACGAUAUUUCAAUAAGUAUGAAAACUUUGCAUCGCUUUUUAAAGGAAUAUGGCCUAAAGCGAAAGUGUGCUGAUGUAUCAACAUCCACGAUAUUAGACAAGGUCAGACAAGAGAUUCAGGAAGUUGGAGAAAACCGUGGAUACCGUAGUAUAUAUCAGCAUUUGUUAGAAAAAGGAAUACAAAUACCAACCAGGUUAGUUAGAGCAACUUUAAAAGAGCUAGACCCAUCUGGUGUUGAAAGGAGAACAAAGCAUCGAUGGAAAAGAAGGGUAUAUAGAACAAAUGGUCCGAACGAUGUCUGGCACAUUGACGGGAACGAUAAAUUGAAACCCUUCGGGUUUUGUAUCCACGGUGGAAUCGACGGUUUCAGUCGUAAAAUUAUUUGGCUAGCUGUUUCAGACACAAACAAAAACCCAUUUAUUAUAGCUCACUAUUAUACUAGUGCAGUGAAGACUUUAUGUGCCGUGCCAAAAUUAAUUAGAGGGGAUAGGGGGACAGAAAAUGUGAAUGUAUGUGGCAUCCAACGAUUCCUUCGAAGAAAUCAUCAUGAUUCAUGGAGUGGUUGGAACAGUUUCAAGUACGGAAAAUCUGUAUCAAAUCAACGAAUAGAGCAGUGGUGGUCAUAUUUAAAAAGAAAUACCACUCAGUCUUGGAUAGAUUAUUUUAAAGACCUGCGAGACCAGGGACUAUAUGACGACAGCAAUAACAUUCAUGUUGAAGCAUUGAAGUUUUGUUACUACGGUCUCAUUCAAUUACAUUUAGAUCAAGUUAAACACACUUGGAAUCACCACAAGAUAAGAAGUACAAAAUGUUCAGAAAGCCCAUCUGGAAGACCUAACUUAAUGUUUUUUCCACCACACAACUACAAUGCCAUAGAUUGUGCAUUCGUAUUCAAUGCAGACGAGCUCGAAUUGGCUGAAUCCAUGUAUUCAAAAAAACCUCGAGCUAUUCCUUGUCAGAAUGAGUUUAUAGAACUAUCAAAUAUUUUGAUGGAAGAGCAGAAUUUGCAGCAUCCGCGUUCACGCGAAGAGGCUGAACAUAUUUAUUUAUACCUUGUAUCGAUAAUAGAAAUGUUGUAA